UCUGUACAAAUUAUAAGAAGAAGCAUUUGUUUUUGUUCUUGAGGGCUUUGGCGGUGCAUAGCUCUUUUUUAUUAAUAUUUGGUUUCACAAAAACUCUUGGGAAAAUCCAAAACGUAUUAAUGUGUUAAAGGCUUAUAGAUAAUGCCCAUAUUGUCCUCAACAAGAUCCGGUAGAAAUAAGGAUCCGGAAAAAGAAAAUAAUAACCAAGCAGUUAGAACAUCAAAACGCGUUACCAGAAAGGCAACAACUGAAAGCAAGCUGAAAGAAAAUAACACCGAAGUUAGAAAGACAAGAAAAGCCAAACUCAAGGAUAAAGACAUCAUGGCUAACGAAGAGGAAUCCAAAUCUGCAAAUGCACAGAAUAUAGAAAAUGAAAAUCCAACUGCCGAAAAUGCAAACUGUGAAGAAAAUCAAAAUAUAGAGCCUCCAGUUGAAGCCGAAGAAAAAUGCAAAGCAGAUGAAGCAACUCCCAUGGAUACAUCGGCUACAAAUGAUGUGGAAGCAAAUAAAGAUAUCAGUCCACCUAAAAAACAAAAGCUAGAUGAUGAACAGUCAGAGCAACAGCAAAAGGAAACAGAGAAGGAAGAAGCAAAGUCGUCGGAGCCUGGUGCUUCGAAUAAUAUUGAAACUAAAGAAGAAACGAAAAAUGUUUCAACUGGAUUCUCUUUAAAAUCGCAGGGAGUGAAAGUUAAAGACGAAGAAGAAACUAGCAAUAAUAUGCCGGAGCAGCUAUUGACUGUAAUUUCUAAUCUUUACCUCAAUGUUGGAGAACGUUUGCGUCUUGAUUUUCAUCCAAGAUGUCUCGAUGACCUGACAUACUGCCAUCGUCAUCAUUAUCAUUCCGAUUUGCCUGAGGCCCCCAUUCAAUCCCAAGCACGUAGUUUACGAAGUGCCCUUGAUAACUACCGUUAUGUGUCCUUUAUUAAUUCCACCACUGAUAUGGUACAUCGUGGAGAGUUUCCCGGAAAAGGAAUUUUUAUGAAAAUAAUGGAACUUGUAUUGAGCAUAAACUAUAGUACAAAACAACAGAAUAUUGUCACAUUCCAACAAUCCUAUCACAAAGCUGUUGAACUGUUCUCCAUGAUUGUACGAACCUUUCCACCGUGCUGGCACAAACUGCGUACUUUCUAUGUCGGCUUUUUGGAAUACGGGUUGGAUCAAUCAAAGCUUGGCAAUAUAAAAAAAGAUGAACCACUUUCCAAGUCAAACAAAAUAUUUGACAUAAUUUUGGAUUUACUGGAGGAAGUGUUAAAAACAGCUGAUCCGGAUGAAUUAAACACCAGUAAAAGUGAUUCUUUACAAAAGCCCACAACUAUAUCCAGUUCAGCUUCCCAUCUAACAUCACCACAAAAUUCCAUGGAUUUAAGUGUUUGCAAUGAUAUAUGGAAUCAAAAUGAAUACGAAGAAAGGGAACGACAGAAACAGACAUUUACUGCAUUACAAAUGGAACAGAAAAUUGAACGGAUAUUCAUGUGCCUGCGGCUGCUUUUGGAAAUCUUGGAAUAUGAUAUGGCCAUGUGGAUUUUGCACCACUUUAAGAAAACCAAGGAAUGGAUAUUUUGUAAUGACAACCGUCCUUUGAUUGUGGUCUUGUGUGAGCUAACACAGUACACAAGAAUGACCCGUGUGGCAAGGAGAAUAUUUAGUGUCUACAGUGAUAGUGCCAACAAGGGAUUGUGUAAGGAGCGUCUCCAAGUAUUAGAGCGUUAUAUUUCUUUGCUAAUGGUGGCCAGUAAUACGGCUGAUAUGGAAAACACAGCAAUUGGAGUUAAGUACCCUUACCUUGGAGAACAAACUAAGAAUCUUAUUAAGGAAUUUUUCAAAAUAUUCAAAGCACACAAUCGCGAAGAAAUAUCGAAAUACAUUGAAACCAUUCAUCUACUGCGCAUACCCUAUGUACGCUACGAAUUCAUCGAUAAUGUAUUAUUUACCAACAGCGAACCAUUAACACCACAAAAGAUUGCUAUUGAUAUUGCCAAGAAACGCUGGCUAAAGUACAAACCGCAAAGUGAACUCUCGAAACCGGAUGAAGACAUAUCCCGUGAACAAUACCUACAUUUGCUUUUAGAUGCUUUGCGUGAAUACUGUGAGUGGCAUGGUACAAAGACUUUCCUUCACAUCAUUACUGAUCACGAUAAGAUAUCACCGCUAACGACCACAACGGAUUCGGUACAUCGUUAUCCCACCAAUGGCAAUGGAGUUUUGGUACUAAAGAAAGUUGCCAAAGACAUUAAAAAGCUGGAAAGUCAAUUGAGAAUGGCUGUACGUAUGUCAAAGCCAAAGGUGAAUAUAUCACAGGCCGAUAUUUGUAUCGAUGAGACUAUAAUUGCCAAAUAUCGUAACGAUUUGAAAUACAUCAUUAGUCUUCAAAAUGUUGUUCUCAAACAAAAGGAAACAUAUCCUGAGGUGGACUUUGGUGAAUGGCUUGAUUACCUUGGCGAUUUUCCAGCUAAAAAAUUAAUCAAAGAGGAAGUACCGCAAUAGUUCCUUUUAUUUCCGAUAUUUUAUGUGAAUUUUUCUAUUUAUUUUGGUUGUGUCUGUGUCGAAUACUGCCGUACUAUUUAUUUUAUAUUCGUGUUUAGAUUUUUUACAAUAUACGAUGAAAUGAAAAUUCAAAACCGA